UUCGUUGAUGUGAUCCACCAAUACCUGCGUACCGGCACAAUACCUGCUGGUAGCUAUGGCCUCAACAACACGACUGAAGCCCACUUUUAGUCGAACAGAGAAAUCUUUGCGCCUCGUCUCUAACCAGAAUUUUUCGCAUAUGAAGAUUUUCAGUACUCAACACCGCUGCUGCUUUUCCGUAUAUUAUAGCAACAACAAGAUCUUGAUGCUCUGGAACCGGGCACAGUUUUUACUAGACUUUUCCAGCCUAUAUUAUAUUUUAUAUGACGGGCCGUAAAAUGUAAGAUACGUGUAAUGACUUGGCUAUUAUAUUCGGGCACGCAUUGACUGGAGCAAUGAGGGCUGUACCACACAGGCUACCAGAAUUGUGCGCCGGGGCGCCGUUGCAUUGGACCACGGCAGCCACAAAUCUCCAAUUACAAGCCAACCAGCUGGAACGAUAACCACAAACGAACACAUGUCGAUGAGCGCUUCUUCAAUGGUAUCACUUGGGUCCUUGGGUAUAUGUAGGACAGCAACCCGUUCGUACGAGUUCUCUCAUGAUUCGACCUCCCCACGUUUACCAAAACUGCUACCACAUUCUUCUUUUACUCGUUCUUUUCUUCUCCCGCCGCGGAAGGUGACAUCACUUGGAGCAACUUCGGUCGUAUUAGGAUACACUUCUCCACCCACUAACCAGAGUUGUGGGACAAAGUUACCAUCUAGAACAAACCAUAGAUCCCUGCAUAGCGAUCGAGCAUCACAUAUGAUAAGCUUGCUGCCGAAGCGCGACAGAAAGACAACAGGUUAGAGACCAUUCUUCCACUUUUUUCCUGUAUUACAGAAAACCCCAGAAUUUUAUCGCCGGCGUUUUGGUUGGUUUUAGCCUGAGGUUCUCUGAUUCCCAUCCGGAACACGGCAAACUUAAUGGUGUGGAACGUUGUUGACGACAUUCUAGCUUUUCGUCAACAGCAGACCGCGUGUACUGCCCAUUGAUUCAUCAAUUCAAUCAUUUCUCAUCGCCGCCACUGUCAGCGCCACGCACAAUCAUCUGCCGCAUUCAAAGCAUACGCUCAUAGGACCACCAUCAUGGCACAAUCAAAAUCGAGAACGAUAUUACCGAUCGCAUUCAUCAUCGCUCUCUUCUACGCUAUCAUAUUCUUUCACAGCUCAGGACGAUCUGCGGGCCCAAGCUUCGUUCGAAACUAUGACUUGCACGAGCAGGACAGCAUUCAACCCACUGAUCAAGUCUCACUGUCAACAGGCAAUCACGAUUUUGCCAUUGCCACAUUUCUGACAGGCCAGGCAAAAGACGACUCCUACUUCACUGCCACCCGAACCCUCGCCUACCAAGUCCUUCACGCGCCUUCCACAAAGAUCCGCAACUCGUCUAUCGCAUUCGUAGUCCUCUGCUCCGAGAGCUUGGAAGAAGACAAACGCGCUCAGCUUAGAGAAGAUGGUGCUAUCGUCGCCGAGGUCAAGGACAUCACUCUCAACUCGUGGAUCAAGGUCCAGGUUGACCGAUGGAAAGAGCAAUUCACUAAGCUCCGCGUUUUCGAAAUGACGCAGUACAGGCGAGUGCUGUACAUCGAUGCCGAUACCCUCAUCACGAAGCCCAUGGACGAUAUCUUCGCCGAACCCGAAGUCGCUUCGCUCGCGCCCACACUGUUUCACCGCAAAGACAAGAUCAAGGACGACGAGGCGGAGCUACCUAAAGAGUGGCUCUUUGCCGCUCGCUCGGAUAAUGCGUUCCUGGGAGAGCGCGACCAUCCUGUUCCACCGCUACAGACCAAUGUUCUUACCGCGGGGUUCUUUAUGGCUGCCCCCGACCAGAAGCUUUUCGAUCACUUCCUUUCUGUCAUUAAGCACGAGGGAAGGUUCGAUUCUUGGAGCAUGGAACAAAGCAUGUUGAACUACGUCUUCCGUCGCGAAGGUGCCAUGCCCUGGAGGGAGCUCAACUGGAGAUGGAGUGCCACAUGGCCGAGCGAAAAAGACCUGGAUAUGGGUGUGCACAGCUUGCACGAGAAGUUCUGGGUCACUGGACCUCAGAAGCUGACAGACAUGUGGAAGGCUCGUCGGGAUGAAAUGCUUCAGUUCUAUGGAGAGUCAUAGAUACUUGCUUGCUUCGUAAUCCUCCUUUAUUUGUUUGGUUGUUUUCGAUUCCUGUAAAGUUUAUUUUGCGCUUUGUUGCAUGGAGUGACGCCCCACAUAUGCUCUUCUCGGUUUUCUUCGGGCAGCUCGCCUGUUUCCCUCGGUUCUUGUCUAAUCGCUUUCGGCGUUCAUGAUAUCGGGACGGUACGUUUGAAUUGGAGUAUUAAGCCUAAUUUUUCCCAGUUUUAUGGUGUUCUUACCUACCAAAUUUCAGAGCGGAUUACAUACACGCGAAGGAAGGAAAGAGUUCAGCUGACAGAUUUGUGGUCGCCGAGCAUCAAUACUCAACUCGGAGAGAAACACACUCCAAAACUUGUCUCU